AUGGCUCCGCCGGCCAUGGCUCCACAAGUAUUAACCACGACUGGCGGAGUGUUAGCACCAACUCAAAUUCGACCAGUACCACCACCAGCACCACUAAGAGAGACAAAAGGAGCGUCUAGAGUGAAUUUACAUUCGGCUAGCCAACUUCCACCUCAAAAGUACCCACUAAGGAUAGUACUGUUGGGUCUGGGUGGGGUUGGGAAGAGUGCUAUUACUAUUCAGUUUGUACAGGUGGGUACCUAUGUUAUUACAUUAUUAUAUUAUAUGAUAGUAAUAUCCUUAAGACAAAGUAAUUUAAGAUUAUUUAAAGUUAUGGUGAGGGUUACAGUAAGAAUAAUAGGUUACGGCAUUCCAAGGUAAAAUUAGGACAGGGUAGAACCAGGUGAAGACAAUUCAAGUUAAGGUAAGCCAGAGUAAGGGUACGAUACGGUAAAAUACGGUUGGAUAUAUUUUCAGCAUACGGUAGGACGAGGUCUAAUAAGAUGGGCAGGAUUGAAUAGGGUAAGGUAGGGUAGGGUAGGGUAGGGUAAAAUAAGAUCUACAGCUAUUGUAAGAUAUUGUCUAUCUAAAAUGUAAUUUUUUAAAAUUUCAGCAAUAUUUCAUUCACGACUACGACCCAACCAUCGCCGACUCCUACGCCAAACAGUGUUAUGUAGACGAGAAUAUGUGGAAGCUGGAGGUGUUAGACACGGCAGGUCAAGAUGAGUUCGCAGCGAUGAGAGAACAUAAUGUGAGAAGUGGCGAUGGCUUUCUACUCGUGUUUUCGUUAACAAACAGAGAGAGUUUCGAGUAUCUAAAGAGGUUAUACCACUAUAUUGACCGAGUGAAGGAUCGCGACUUCUUCCCCAUGAUUGUUGUUGGCAACAAAUGCGAUUUGAAUGCUCAGCGGCAGGUGAGUUGGCUAAAUUCUUGUAGGUUUUAUAGUUGCUCCUGCUGCAACAAAAACCUACUUCAUUCCUUAAAGAUCGUUUGUUACUAUUAGGUACCGACAUAAAAAAACCCGCCAUUUUGUACAGAAUAUUACAUGAAAAGUAUGGCGGGUUCUUUAUGUCGGACCUAAUAUUAUACCUAGUUUACAGUAGUCAAACCAACGUUUAAAAAACCAAAUUUCAAUAUCUUCAGGUAUCGAGAGAAGAAGCCGAAUGCUGGGCCCAGUCCGUCCAGCUGCCCUACGCCGAAUGUUCAGCCAAAUUCCGACAAAACGUUGAUCAGAUAUUUUAUGAUCUGGUCAGGUUAAUACGGUAUGUUGUAGAGCUUUUUUUGUAAAAUACGGUAGUGGCUUGCUUACAGUUUAAAUUUUUCGUUAAAAAUUUUAAUAAAAGGGACUACUUGUAUCGUGCUGCUUCUGUGUCAUAAAUAACCAAUAAUUUAACAGUUUUAAUGCUUACGCUUCUAAAAUAGUUCAUAAGUAAACACCUUUUAAACCAGACUCUUUUUACAUGGUUCGCAAGACAAAUGCUUCGUUGCGGGACCUGCGCUGGGCCUCUGAAGCCUUGGUUUGGGCCCAGGCUCUCGGGAUCACAUGCUUUGGCCCGGCUUUUUCUUAUUUGUUUUCCUGUUUUUGGUCCGGCCUGCCAUUCAAGUCUUAUAAAUACAAGUUGUCCUAGUCAUGAUUUUAAUACAGUUAUAUAAGGAGCCAGGCCGAAGCUACUAGGUGCCGACAUAAAGAACCCGCCAUUUUUUACAUAAAAUUACAAGCAAAGCAUGGCGGGUUCUUUAUAUCGGCAUCUAAUAAUUUGAAAAAGGUAGACCCGAUCGAAAUUUUGCUCAAGGCCAGCCCGGCCCGUUUCUAAUGUGUUAGAAAAGGAAGUGCCGAAAAAUUGUGUCCGGGCUCUUUAUAGGUCUACUCAGAAUUCAAUAGGACAACGUUUUUCAAAAUAAAACAUUACAACACUACGUAUUUUACAAAAGCCCCAAAACUUUAUAUUUUGAACUUUCUGACUGAUUACUUUAUUUUCAGACAGUUCCAAAUAGCCGAACGUCAGAUGGGGCUCGAGUAUAUUUCGGAUUCGGCCAAUACGUCUGGCUCUAGUGGAAGUCACAAGAAAAAGAAGGGAUGUGUAGUAAUGUAA